CUGACCUAAGCAUCGAGAGUUUGUUUCUCGCGGCCAGCAUCGUUUUCCUCCCCCCCACCCAUUUGAGUCUUGAUUUCAGGGCGAGUGCGUCUUCCUCCCGAAUCUCACUCACGAGAUAAAUAAGCCCACUGGUGGCUUAUUUCCUCUCCCUCCCAUUCGUUGCGGCAUACGGAAGUAGCGGGGGGAAGAUGUCACGUCACGUCACACUUUCUUCUUGUCUCUGACGAUCAUGGGCUCACCACCCAAGCCCUGGGAGAGGAAUGUAGCUUCUUCUUCUUCUGCUGCGCCUCCGUCUUUGCCAUCGAUGACGACUACCUCUGCAGUGCCAGAGAGGCCGCCUGCAUUUGGGACAACUACAGCGAUCAGCUCGUCUCCAUAUGCUGCAUCGCCGUACUCACGUAUGGGCACGUAUGGGGGCUAUGGGGGCAUGGCAGGCGGGUACGGUGGCAUGGGAUACGGUGGAAUGGGAUAUGGAGGGAUGGGAUACGGAGGGAUGGGCUAUGGAGCCGGGUACGGGAUGGGAGGCGGGUUCGGCGGCAUGGGAUAUGGGAUGCCCUAUGGUGGCGGUUUCGGGGACCCCAAUAUGCCAAGUCUGACGCAGCAGUUGGAGAGCACGACGCAGCAUACAUUUAGCCUCCUCCACUCGAUUGUCCAGACAUUUACCGGCGUCGCACAGAUGCUCGAGAGCACCUUUAUGGCCACCCAUUCCAGUUUCUUUGCCAUGGUCGGUGUCGUUGACCAGUUUGGCCAGCUCAGAGAUGCCUUGGGAGGGGUGCUCGGCUUGUUUGGUCUCGUUAGGUGGAUGAGAGGGUUACUUACUGGCCGCCCAAAUGAUGGAGGAUUUGGCGGGGAUUUCAAGCGUUUCGCUAAUGGGACGCCUCCUCCUCCGCCUCGACAGCCGAUAAACAAGAAACCGCUCAUUAUCUUCCUACUUGCCGUCCUUGGCAUUCCGUUGGCGAUGACAAGACUCAUUAAACUCAUCAGCGAAAAGGCCCAGAGGGAGCAGCAGCACGCUAUUCAGGGUCCAUUGGAUCCUGCGAGUCUCACGUUUGUGAGGGCCCUCUAUCCGUUCGAUGCGACGAAUCAUCAAGAGCUGGCCUUGAAGGAAAACGAGAUUGUGGCGAUUGUGGCCAAAUUGGAUCCGUCGACUGGGGCAGAGGUCGAUCCGAGGUUGUCUGUUGAGUCGGAGUGGUGGAAGGGUCGGACGAGGGAUGGAAGAGAGGGUUGGUUCCCUAGAAAAUGGGUUGAGAUUCUCGAACGAAAAGAGAAAAAAGUUGCUUAGAAUUCGUAUAUGUUGUCUGUAUUUUAUAAUUCACGAGCCUGGCGGUUGUGGCA